AAUCCGGUUUGGGCCCUAAACUAAGAUGAAAAAUUUGAGAUCCCGCCCAAAAGGAUACAUAUACUUUUUCAUUUACCCUCCGCUACUUACUUGAAUUUUCGUUUUCCCCCUCUUAACCCUCACCCCUCGGUCCCCUUAUAUUCACUCCCCUCCCGUUAGCUCUCAAUUCACUCAACUCUCGCCCCUUUCUCUAUCGACAAACCCUAGUUUAUUUUUCUCGCUAAUUAGUUUUCGCUAUGAAAGGAGGUAGAUCUAAAGCUGGAUCCAAAAACGAUGGCAAGCUAUCUGUGAAAAAGAAGGAGAAAAAGGUGAAGGACCCUAACAAGCCUAAGAGGCCUCCAAGUGCUUUCUUUGUCUUCAUGGAGGGUUUCAGGAAGCAGUUUAAGGAAAAGAACCCUGCUGUCAAGGGAGUUGCCGCUAUGGGGAAAGCGGGUGGAGAUGCGUGGAGGUCGAUGUCUGAUGAGGACAAGGCUGAGUUUGUGACUAUUGCUGAACAAAGGAAGAAGGAAUAUGAGAAGAAGAUUAAAGCUUAUGAUAGCAAGCAGGCUGGAGGAGAAAUGGAGGAGGAUGAAUCUGACAAGUCGAAGUCUGAGGUUGCUGAUGAAGAUGAAGAGGGUAGCGAAGAGGAAGAAGAUGAUGAUUAAGCUAUUUCCAGUGGCAGAAUGCAAGACGGGCUAGCUCUGUAUUGCUGUCUUAUGUUAUGUUAAUUACUUUGUUUAGAUGUUUUGGUGCUGUUACAUUAUGAUCUCAUGUGUUAGUAGGGGCUGUUGUGCCCCUCUUAUCUUUAUAUCUUAGUCCGUUGAGUAGGCUAGUAUGUGCACAGGAUGGUGUUUUAGCUACAAAUCUUGCUGAUAACAUUCAUAUAGCAAUGGAUGGUUUUAUUACCGUUUUUA